UUCUCCUCCCACGCAGGUUUCUCAUGUUGCCAGUUAAACCUAAACCUUGAUAAACUAUACAGAAACCUGCGGACUCAAAAGGGACCAUCAUGUCCUGGUCCUUAAAUGGAUAUUUAAGAGAUGAGCCAGUGUUCAGAUCUGAUGAGGGUGGAAGGGAAACAUUCUUUCAGAGUGGCAGACAUGCUGCAGAGGAAAGAUUCUGGAAGCUCAAGAUUCAUGAGGAUGGUAGUUUUGUGAGAAGGAAUGCAUCAUCACUAGACAAUUUCUAUACCAUCAAGGCAGCACUCAAAGCAACAGAGGAGAAGAAGGAAGAAGAAGAACUAAAGAGAAGACAGGGAAGUGUUGAAGAAGAGUCUUCUGAAUCAUCAGUGGAAGAAGAAGAAGAAGAAGAAGAUGAGAAAGAGAGAAGGAAUGAACGAGAUCUGGGGAAUAAAACUUCAAAAAAGAAGACUGGUCAAGAGUUGGAGACGAAGAGUAUAAAGAGAAGAGAUAAAAUUGAAGAACGAAAGGAACCAAUAAACAGAAAGGAGACGGGAGCUCCUAAGCCUAUCGGAGCAAAGGAGAUGGAUCGAUCUGAGGAACUCCAUCGAGCAAGAGAACUGGAGCGAGCAAGGGAGCUAGAGCGAGCAAGGGAGCAAGAGCGAGCAAGGGAGCUAGAGCGUGCAAGGGAGCUAGAGCGAGCAAGGGAGCUAGAGCGAUUGCAUGAACUGGAGCGACGAGAACGAGAGCUAGAAGCAAGGGAGCGCGAUUUGGAGCGAAGAUCGUAUUCAAGAGAGAUUUCUCCUGAGUAUACAUAUAACCUUUACAAAUACAGGAGUCGGCGAAAUUCUGAAAUCUCUAACAAGGAUUACCCGUACUCAGUCUGCUCUGAGUAUACACCAUCAACUACUACUAUACAGGUAUCAUGUUCAAUGUACAGCGAAACCCUUAAUAACGAAUACAUCAAAU